AUGGGUAAGAAGGAGGUUAUGGAUGUAAUAGGCAGAGGUGAAGUCCUCUCAACCUAUGGUGCAAGCCCCCCAGCAUGCGCAGCUGCCCUGGCGGCGCUUGAUGUCUUGGAGGAAGAGAAAAUCUCGGAGCGAGCUGAGCGUCUGUCCGCGUUGUUAACAAAGACAAUUAAGACCCUCAAUCCCCCCCAUCUCAUCGAGCACCGCGGAGGUGGCAUGUACCACACCCUUGUCAUUGAUGAAUCGAAACCAGGAGUGACAGCUAGACGAGCCGCCGUUCUCGCAACUCUGCGCGGUGUGUUAGUUGGAAAUGGAUUCAACAGGCUACGAUUUAGUCCUCCAAUUACCAUAACUGAAGAAGACCUGGUCAAAGCAGUUGGGAUCAUAGUACAAGCGUUGAAGGACGUGGAAACCAUUGGCGACUUUCCUGGAGGCGAAUUCAUUAAUUAA